AUGGAGAAGCUGUUUGUGUUGGUCUUUGCUCUCAACCUGCUGGUCUUCUCCUCAGAGGCCUCCCCGAUUCUGACAGAAAAGCAAGCCAAGCAGCUCCUGAGGUCCCGGCGACAGGACAGGCCCAGCAAACCUGGAUUCCCUGACGAGCCCAUGCGGGAGUAUGUGCACCACCUGCUCGCCCUGGAGCACCGCGCCGAGGAGCUGUUUCUGGAACACUGGCUGAAUCCCCACUGCAAGCCUCACUGUGACAGGGACCUGGUCCACCCUGUGUAAGGACCCAGAGCCAGCUUGCAGGUUUCUAGGCAGUGAUCAGG